AUGGCAAGACCUGGCGACAAGUCUGUGGACAGUCCCCGGACGACAUUGGACUUGUCAUCCAGUCAGUUGAAGCCGUACUCUUGCGUGGUCUGCCACAAGAGAAAAGUUAAAUGUGAUAGAAAUGAGCCAUGCUCGAACUGCGCGAAGGCCAGUGUUGAAUGCAUUUACCGUCCUCCGCCACCCCCUCGCCGUCGCAAAAGAGGGCGCGACGAGAGUGGAGGCUCGUCUCAAGCAUGCGAAAUGUCACCUCGGCGAAACGGGAGAGAGCCUCCUCUAGGUGAGGAGGCGCGAAAAUACUCACCCCAAGCUAGGGUCUUGUCAAAAGAUGCUGAACCAAGCAAAAGUGGGUCAGGCAGGAUGAUUAUGAAGGAAGGAAAUUCGGUCUACCUCGAUAAUACUCUUUGGACAAGCGUCAGCUAUGAGCUCCCAGAUGCGGCAGAAGUCCUGGACGGCGCGUCGGAUGAUGACAGCGAUAAUGCAUCUCAGGAUGGCAAUGACGAUUCUCUUAUGCUACUGAGCCCUGGAAUUCGAGAAAAUCUCGCUGAGUUGCACCCAAAUCAGCUGCACAUCUUCAAGUUAUGGCAAACGUUUCUUGAGAGGGUCAACCCCUUGACGAAGAUAUUACAUGCUCCAACGGUGCAGCAACAGAUCCUAGAGGCGAUGAGUGACUUGACACAGAUCAGCAAAGAGUUUGAAGCGUUAUUGUUUUCUAUCUAUUGCAUUUCCUUGACAUCUCUGCAGGCCGGAGAUGUCGAAAAGUCAUUCGGCGAGGGGAAAAAGAUGCUGUUGUCAAGAUGCCGACGAGGAGCACAGCUUGCGUUUAGGAAUGCCUCUUUUCUUCGUACAUCAAGUACCAUGGUUCUCCAAGCUUUCAUGCUAUACUUGUUGUCAAUGAGAGCAUUCGCUGAUCCGCAUACGAUCUGGUCGUUGAGUGGCGUUGCACUGAGGAUGGCACAGAGGAUUGGUAUUCAUAGAGAUGGCUCUGGCUAUGGACUUUCAGUCUUUGAAACCGAGAUGCGACGCCGCAUUUGGUUUCAACUCAUGGUUUUGGAUGCGACGUCGGCUCAGUUUUGCGGAGUCGCCGCCGGACCGUUCUUGAAUACAGCUGACACCAAGCCUCCAAUGAACGCGAAUGAUAGCGACCUUGACCCGCGUAUGACAGAGCCUGCAUGCGAGAAACAGGGUCCCUCGGAAAUGAUUUUCUGUCUUGCUCGCAGUGAGUUCGGGAAAUGGCUUCGUCGCUGGAGCAAUGAUACCGGCGGGUCUAGUUCGCCAUGGGCUUUUCUGUCUUCUUCGUCAAUGUCACUGAGCGAGAAGGAUUCUUCUAUUGAUGAGCUGGAGAAUCUCAUGGAGCAGAAGUUUCUGAAAUACUGUGAUCUGUCCAUUCCUCUACACCUGGCUACCACAAUGAUGGCACGCUCGGCUACUCAUUAUACUAGGUUGAUGGCGCAUCAUCCUCGCCAGUAUCGAGACUCGAGUGCUCGCAUCCCCCAAGCUGAGAAGGAUAUUAUCUUCAAAAAUUGUUUGAAGAUGGCAGAGUAUGCCGACUAUGCCCAGACCAAUCCGGAUGUUCAGCGGUUUGCGUGGCACAUGGUGAACCACAUGCCCUGGGACGCGAUGAUUUUUAUGUUGUCCGAGAUGCGGAACAGGACUGAACCAGAGGAAAAGGCCAAAGUAUGGCAAAUUAUCGGCAAUAUUUAUGGACGUCAUGUCCGACGGAUGGGAAGGAAGUCCCAAAUGCCUCUUCACACGGCCCUCCAAAAUCUGUUUGUUAAAGCGUGGAGAGCCUACAUCGAUGAGUGUAACCACCACGGCCGCACACCAACACCUUGUCCCCCGAUCGUGACAACAUUAUUGGACAACUCACACAGUUCCACGGAAUCACAAGCCUCAAAUGAAAGUGGCGGGAUGGAUGGCCAUAGUACUUCUUUCCAAGAGCAACUCGGCCAAUAUGCAUCAGAUAUCCCGUUUGACUUUCUGCUCGGCGAUAGUCCAAUGGACUGGAACGAAUGGGACAAUCUUCUGAACCAAUUUCAAGAAUCGCUGGUGGAUGAUAUGACGUUGAUGCCGGGGUCUCUGUGA